AUGUGUACGCAGCACCCCACAGACGGUCCCGAGGCAUUCAAACAACAAGGCCCGCGGCCGAGUGCCGGAUCUUCCCCCUGUAGUCUGGAGGAGGAGGAGGCUAAAGCCGGGCUGCCCGGCCUCCGGAAGCCGCCCUCUCCCGGGAAAGGCCGCGCUUUCCAGCAAGCCGAGUUGGCUGCAAGCCCCGCUUGGAAGUCCAAGCGCCGGGCACCGGCGGGAGUCCCGGCUCUGAAACGCGGCCGGCCGGCCCCUUGGCCAAACUCAAGGCCCGGAAGCAACGCCCGGCCUCCGCCUCCGCCUCCGCCUCCGCCUCCGCCCCCGCCGGGGCCGCCCGAGGUCAAGAUCACCGUCCCAGGGGAAGGGAAGGCGCCUCACGCCGGGCAGGACAAAGGCCAGCUCCGCCAGGGUCAUCCCCGCCCGAAGGAGCCGCGAUCGAGACCGGCGGAUGGGACAACGACCGCCCCCCCCCCUUGGCCGGGGGCAGCCCUGCGGCCGGGCGGGCCUGGAGCCUCCCUUCCUCCUCCGAAAGAAAACCGGCCGCAAGGAACGGGGCUGCGCCGCAAAGCCGGGCAGCUUUUCGCCUCGCCUCCCGAGCCCCGUUCCCUCGCGCAGCGCGAUCCUACUCAGCGGUCAAUCUGGCGGAGUGCGAGCUUGCUCCUGAGCAGCACAAGGCACAGCCUGGCCGAGCUCCGUGCCAGGCCCCGGGAAGGCGACCGGAGUCAACUCUGCGGAACUGACUCCCGAGUAAACGCGCCUCAGUAG